GGAUUGGUGGAAGGAUAGUAGAUCUUAGACACACAUAUACCUCUAUUUAGCAUAGAUUAAAGAGCUGAAGAGCUCAGGGGAAAAAGAAAAAAAAGGAAGCAAUAUUGAAACAAGACUUCAUUUUUAGUUUGGAACUUGUUCUGUGAUAUUGCUUUGUCCAAAAGUAGUUCUGCAUGUGGAAAAAAUGCUUGUGGAUCACAGAGACUGAUGUUAACGGCUGGGAAGACAGCGCAAUGUAGCCUGUUAACAGAAGAGCUUUGAUCUGCGUAGAAAAUUAUUUUGUGCAGAUAGACACACAUAUACAUAAAGUAAGAUUAAUUUAGAGACCUUUGUCAUUAAGGCAGAUUUUUUUAUGGUUUUGUGUGGGAUUUAAGGGGGAUUAAAUGUUUGACAUCACUUCGCCUGCACAGGCGAUGUGGAAGAGGUUACUGAGCGGGUGAUGGAGAAUUUAAAAACACGCUUGUGCUGAAAGAGUGGAAGCAAUGGGUCAGACUGCAGCCUGGCCAAACAAACUACUGGACCUACCACAUUUCUGAGAACCAAGUGCUUCUGUUUUGACAGCAGAUGCUGCAGGGAUAUAGAGCUGAGGAAAUAUUUAUGAUUUACCAAAGUAUGAGGGGAACUCGGCAAGGACGUCAGGACUGGGAUGCCCCUUUGUUUUCUGUUCAGUGAUGCCUUGCUUUCCAUGCAUCUUUUGUAAGCUAUGCUCUUUCUAAACAGUAAAAACACUGUAAAGAAGAAGUCAGCAAAGUGGAGUGGGUGAUCAGGUGCAUUUCUCUCUCAGAAGAGAUGGUCCUGGUCAUGAAACUUCUGUUCCUCACCUGCCUGUGGUCAACAGCAACACUACACAGCUCUCACAGUCAGCACCACCACCUUCAUCGUCGGCAGCAAUUAUCUUUCUCAAGAAAACAUACCAGCAAACGAGAAAUUAAAAUGAGGAAACUUGACAGCACCAAAGUACGGCCACUUAAAUCUGAGCAGCUGCUUCACAUAGAGGACCAUGACUUUGCACUGAGACCUGGAUUUGGAGGUUCACCAAUACCUGUGGGCAUUGAUGUGCAGGUAGAAAGCAUUGACAGCAUAUCUGAAGUUGACAUGGACUUUACAAUGACUUUGUAUCUCAGACACUACUGGAAGGACGAGAGGCUUUCAUUUCGCAGUAACAAAAACAAGAGCAUGACCUUUGAUGGGCGACUGAUAAAAAAGAUCUGGGUACCUGAUGUGUUUUUUGUGCACUCCAAAAGAUCUUUCAUCCAUGAUACAACUGUGGAAAACAUCAUGCUCAGAGUAUACCCUGAUGGCAAUGUUCUCUUCAGCCUGAGAAUAACAGUUUCUGCUAUGUGUUUCAUGGACUUCAGUAGGUUUCCUCUGGACACUCAGAACUGUUCUUUAGAACUGGAAAGCUACGCAUACAAUGAAGAUGAUCUGAUGUUGUACUGGAAACAUGGAAACAAGUCCUUGACCACAGAUGAGCAAAUCUCCCUCUCCCAGUUUUUCAUCGAAGAAUUCAGUGCUUCCAGUGGAUUAGCUUUUUACAGCAGUACUGGUUGGUACAAUCGACUUUUUAUCAACUUUGCCCUCCGGAGACACAUUUUCUUUUUUGUGCUGCAGUCCUAUUUCCCAGCCAUGCUGAUGGUGAUGCUGUCUUGGGUUUCAUUUUGGAUUGACAGAAGAGCUGUUCCGGCCAGGGUAUCACUAGGUAUAACGACAGUGCUGACAAUGUCAACCAUCAUGACAGGAGUAAGUGCCUCAAUGCCUCAAGUGUCUUACAUAAAGGCUGUGGAUGUGUAUUUAUGGAUCAGCUUCCUUUUUGUCUUCCUGUCCGUCAUUGAAUAUGCAGCAGUGAACUAUCUCACCACAAUUGAAGAGAGAAAGCAACUCAAAAAGAGGGGCAAGGCCUCAGGAGUGUACAUGGACGCAGUGCAAGCCAUGGCUUUUGACGGUUGCUUUCACGACACAGAUGUGGACAUGGACCUGUCUGGUUUCUCAGACCCCUGUGAGGAGAAUGAGACUCGGACGAGUGAAACCAACAUCUCCAAUGUGGAAUCAACUCGCUUGAAGAGAUCUCUGAAGGGAAACGUGGGCAGGAUUAUUUUACAGAACAAUCACGUCAUUGACACGUAUUCCAGGAUUAUAUUUCCCAGUGUAUAUAUUGUGUUCAACUUUCUUUACUGGGGUUUGUACAUAUGAGCAAAAAUCCUUGUAAGCAAGACAUUAUUUUGAGUAUAAGAGAAGAAUCAUACUUUGAAAAUAAUGCAACAGCAGUAGAGGAAAGGGUUAAAAGUUUCCAAAACAGACUUCUGCCUCAAACCUGGGCUGGUUUGGUUAGCAGCAAAACUGCUAAUGAAAAACUCUCACAUGUCUGGUUCUUUUUCAGCUGGACUGUGCAGUGCUGCCCCUGGGCAAUCCCAUGCAUAAGUUCGUGCUGCAGUAGCAUAGAUCAGUUUGGUCACUAAGGGAGCCCUUUGUCACACACCUGAGCAGACAGCAGCUCCCACCUGAGGUAUUAAUCAGUCCCUAUCUACACUUAAACCAUUUCUCUUCAAUCAGCCUUUCUGUUUUUUUCUCCACUUGUGGUCCAUUUUUGUAGGAAUUGGCACCAAUCAUCUUCAGGUAUCUCCUAUCCUUGUUUCACCUGCUGCAUUUCAACUUUGCUGGGCAACCUGUGUGCAUCUCAGCAGCUUUUGUCCUCAGAUGGUAACCAGGGGGGAAGAUAUGGCUGAGCAGUGGAGUAGGGACAAGGAGAAAGCAAGAAGUAAGGCUGAUGGGGCUUUGUAGGUUGUAUAUUGUCAACACCUCAAGAAAAACCUCUCCCCCUUGUCAACUAUCCAUGAGCCCUCAUGGGACCUUUGUUUUGAAGAAAAUUUGUUCCCUAGUCCUUGAGGCAGCAGAGGAACAAUGUCCCAAACCCCGUGUCUUACAGCCACCUCCCAGCUGGAUGAGCAGCAUCCCUGACAUGAGCUGUGCCCUUCCUGUGACACCCACACACCUCUGCCUCACAUAGACCUGCUGUAAUCACCUGCUUUCCACAGAGCUGCCUGUGUGAGGAACGCAGGCUUUGAGACAGAGAUUUUAGAGAACUUUGUCAGGAGAACAAACCAACCACAUCUUCAGCAAAAUCUGGUUCUUCUGCUUUAUGAUGUUGCACAUAAGUUUGGGGUUUUGCCCCCCUCUCCUUCUCACUUUGGCUAGAGGUUGAAUGUUAUGGUGAGGAGAAGCUGCACAUGCCUGUUUGCAGCAGUGAUCCCUAGCACAGGUCCAGGGACCUGGAACACUGAGACACACAGGAAUAAAAGGAAUCAGCUGUGCCAAAACAGAUGUACACAGGAAUCCCGUCAGUCUCAAGUGAAUCCUGCGUGGAAAUAUCCUUAGGUUCAGGCUAAGGAGUUGAAAUCAAGAAUGUUCAGGGGACACACAUAGAAAGUGUUCACAGCUCCAGAAAAGAAUCAAGAUUACUUUUGCCACUAUCCCAAAGAAGGAGUGUUUUCCGCUUACAUUCACUGGGUUUGUCUGUCAUUUAAUGAACUGAGUUUGUAUUUGGAAAGUCAGUUUGAAAGGAUCAUUUGCGGUGGCAAAAAUAAAAGUCACAAGGUAAAUGCUUGGUCACUGCUUGGUCAAGUUUAUUGGUCAAGGAAAUGAGAAUAAAUUUGAAAGCCUGAA